UAUCACCUUGUUUUUGUAUUUCAUGUUUUCAAAUAAUCUAAGUGAAUUGUAAAUAAAUUAUCCAACAAAAUUAAAAAAUACUCUGUAAUCAAUUUACAUUUAUUUAGAAAAUAAUUUAAUUGUGAGAACAGAUAUUUAAGUUUAAAAUGUUUAAAAAACGUAAGAUUAUACAAAAUCAGAGAAAAAAAGCGGUUUUUGAGUGUGAAAGCAGUGAUGAAGAAUCUGCAGUUGUUAUUAAUGAAAAGCGACAAAAAAGAUCAAACCCAUUAAUUCAAAGUACUCUAACUAAAAAAUUGAAAACUAUUGAUACUACUAAUGAAUCUUCUGAAAGUGACCUGGAAUCAGUUACUGUUUCAUACCGUUCUAAAAUGGAUUCUGAAAUGAGUGGACCCAAAGAUAUGGGUGCUACAGCAACAGUUGAAAUUGAUACAGAACUUGAUAGAGAUGCUCAAGCAAUUUAUGAACGAUCAUUACAAGUAAAUAAAGAACUUAAAGGAAAAGAAGAUGAUAAAGUUUACAGAGGUAUCGCUAAUUAUACACAAUAUUAUGAAAAAAAAGAUACAGCUCUUGGCAAUGCAUCUAGUGGAAUGGUACGUAAAGGACCUAUUCGAGCUCCAACAAAUUUACGUUCAACAGUACGCUGGGAUUAUCAACCUGAUAUAUGUAAGGAUUACAAAGAGACGGGUUUUUGUGGUUUUGGAGAUAGUUGUAAAUUUUUACAUGAUAGAUCAGACUAUAAAUUUGGCUGGCAAUUAGAAAUGGAAACUAACCAGACAUGUAAUUCUGAUGGAGAUGAUGACCCAUCAAAAUAUGAAAUUAAAGAUGAUGACAAUGAUGAUUGUAUACCAUUUAAAUGUUUGAUUUGUCGAAUGUCAUAUGUAAAUCCUGUUAUGACCAAGUGUAAACAUUACUUUUGUGAGAAAUGUGCUUUAUCCCAUUUUAAGAAAAGUACCAAAUGUUUUGUUUGUGAAAAACAAACUGGAGGAUUUUUUGACCCAGCCACUGUAAUUAUAGAAAAGCUUAAUGCUUCUAAUUCUGAUGCCAUUCAUCAAUGUCAUUCGGAUGAAGAAUCUGAAUAAUAAAUGUUAUCUGCAUUGUAAUAUUAAUUUUACCAUUACAGUAAAUAGAUUAUGUAAAUAUAUUAUGAACUACUUUAUAAAUUUUAUUCUAUUUUAAA